ACUCGACAAAGCCCGAUGGCCGAUUAGACGAAUGCGUCUGCUGCCCAUCUUUGGCGAUUUUUUUUUUCUUCUCUCAUUUUUUCUUAGCUUUGCCCAUUCCUUUAAAAGACUCAUAAACCGACAUAUUACUCCCCUCGACUUAUUACGUCUUACUCAAAUCAUCUAAACUAUCCCAGGUCGCAUAAACAAGAGUCCGCUUCUUCUUCUCCUUUUACACCUCCUCAUAAGAAGGCCCUUCACGCAAAUCUUCAAAAUCGAUCAGUCACAUCGUUCCUUAACCAUGGCGACAACCCUCCUCUCGGGUGCGUCAUUUGGCGCUGCCCUCGUCGCCGCCGGCGUCCAUCAACCAGCCGUCAUCCUAGGCCAGCUCAAGUUCGAAGACUGGCACAUGCUCCAAACCUUCCUAGCAGCCGCUGCUAGCAGCUCAUUAGUCGUCGUCGCCCUCGACAAGCUCGAUGUCCUGCACCCUAAACCCCGCUCCGCCUCCCGCCUCGGCCUCUUCGGACCGUACGACGGCAACAUCCUCGGCGGCGCCCUCCAAGGGGUAGGGAUGGUCCUCGCCGGCGCAUGCCCCGGCACCGUCAUCCCGCAAGCAGCCGUCGGCCUCCCCACAGGCCUCUACGCCCUGGCCGGCACCUUCCUAGGGGGCGUCGCCUGGGCCGGCUUCCUGGGCCCCCGCCUCUCUCGGUGCGCCGCCUCCGCUCCGCCCGAGGACCCGCGCCUCACGGUGCACGAGCGCGCGGGGAUCAGCCGAGCGGCCGGUUUUUUCGCGUUCCAGGCCGCAUGCGCCGCCGCCGUCUACGCCUGCGCCCAGUACGCGCCCGGUUCGCAUCUCGCCGUCGUCGCCCCCGCGGCGGGGGGGCUCUUCAUCGGCGUCUCGCAGUUGGUGUCCAUGGUGUCCCGCAAGGCGAUGCUGGGCGUUUCGGCGUCGUACGAGGAGGCGGGCCGGUUGUUCUUCUGGCUGGUGCGCGGCGCCCGCGACGCGCUUCCCUCGUCGAGGAACGUGCUGUUCGCGGUCGGUGUGGCGGGCGGAGCUUGGGCUGUCCAGGCUGCCGACCCGGCUUUUGCCGUCCCGGCUGCGCAGGGGGAUGGGCUGCUGCCUGUUUCGCCCCUGCUUGCGGUCGCGGGGGGUGUCUGCUUGGCCGUCGGCGCUAGGAUAUCAGGGGGUUGCACUUCGGGGCAUGGCAUCAGUGGUAUGUCUAUGUUCUCGACUUCGAGCUUUAUUACCGUAGCAAGUAUAUUCGGGACGGGGGCCUUGCUCGCCUUGUUGUUCCGCUAAGAGGGAGGCAUCGGGAAAUUGUCCGUUACGAGGAGCUCGCAUCUCAGACCUACUGUACUGUAUGUAUCUAAUGACGAUGAAUGAUGGUUGUUAUUGAAUUCU